AUGGUGAAGCUGUUCAUCGGAAACCUGCCCCGGGAGGCCACCGAGCAGGAGAUCCGCUCGCUCUUCGAGCAGUACGGGAAGGUGCUGGAGUGCGACAUCAUUAAGAACUACGGCUUCGUGCACAUAGAGGACAAGACGGCGGCCGAAGAUGCCAUCCGCAACCUGCACCACUACAAGCUGCACGGGGUGAACAUCAACGUGGAGGCCAGCAAGAACAAGAGCAAGACCUCCACCAAGCUGCACGUGGGCAACAUCAGCCCCACUUGUACCAACCAAGAGCUCCGGGCCAAGUUCGAGGAGUACGGCCCGGUCAUCGAAUGUGACAUCGUGAAAGAUUACGCCUUCGUCCACAUGGAGCGGGCCGAGGACGCGGUCGAGGCCAUCAGGGGCCUUGACAACACAGAGUUUCAAGGCAAACGAAUGCACGUGCAGUUGUCCACCAGCCGGCUUAGGACUGCGCCCGGGAUGGGAGACCAGAGCGGCUGCUAUCGGUGCGGGAAAGAGGGGCACUGGUCCAAAGAGUGUCCGAUAGAUCGUACGGGCCGCGUGGCAGACUUUACCGAGCAGUAUAAUGAGCAAUACGGAGCCGUGCGCACACCUUACACCAUGAGCUAUGGGGAGUCGUUGUAUUACAACAACGCGUACGGAGCGCUCGAUGCCUACUACAAGCGCUGCCGUGCCGCCCGCUCCUAUGAGGCGGUGGCGGCUGCAGCUGCCUCCGCGUAUAAUUACGCAGAGCAGACCUUGUCCCAGCUGCCACAAGUCCAGAACACAGCCAUGGCCAAUCACCUCACCUCCACCUCUCUCGAUCCCUACGAUCGACACCUGUUGCCGACCUCGGGAGCUGCUGCUACAGCCGCUGCUGCUGUUACUGCAGCUUCCUCUUCAUAUUACGGGCGGGAUCGGAGCCCCCUGCGUCGCGCUACAGCCCCAGUCCCCACUGUUGGAGAGGGCUACGGUUACGGGCAUGACAAUCAGUUGUCCCAAGCUUCAGCGGCCGCGCGGAAUUCCCUGUACAACAUGGCCCGGUAUGAGCGGGAGCAGUACGCAGACCGGGCACAGUACGCAGAGCGGGCGCAGUAUGCAGACCGGGCGCAGUACGCAGAUCGGUCCCAGUACGAUCGGGCGCAGUACGAUCGGGCGCGGUAUUCAGCCUUUUAA